UGUUUUGCAGCUCUAGCUGUCAACUGACAAAGUUGCCUUAUUAAUUAUAUACAUCGGUUGUUUUUAUUGUCGUAUUCAAGAGCUGACCUGACACUUCUUGGUAAAGCAGAUCUCUAGACCGCUGUCUGCCACGCCCUUUUUGGGGCAAAUGCUAGAGACCUAACAUUCGGCCACGCCAAUGAUUGACACAGACACGCAUCUGUAACCAAAAUUGCUACUAUGCCGUGCUGGUACUACGAUAAGAAGGAGCUUCGGGAGGCUCCCUCGAUUCUGGAUGGAAUAAGCUUUGAUACGGAGCGGCGAUACCGGAAGGAGGGGGCUCGCUUUAUCAUGGAAUGUGGCACCAAGAUGGGCUUGGGCCACAACACAAUGGCAACUGGCGUGGUUUACUACCACCGCUUCUACAUGUUUCAUUCUUUCCGUAGCUUCCCCCGCUACGUCACUGCUUGUUGCUGCCUGUUCUUUGCUGGCAAGGUGGAGGAGACGCCCAAGAAGUGUCGCGAUAUUAUCAAAACAGCUCGUGGUAUUCUUAACGACAACUACUUCUACUCGUUUGGCGAUGACCCCAAGGAGGAGGUGAUGACGUUGGAGCGCAUUCUGCUGCAGACCAUUAAGUUCGAUCUGCAGGUCGAACAUCCGUACACUUUCCUUCUAAAAUACGCUAAGUGCUUUAAGGGCGACCAGCAGAAGCUUCAAAAAAUGGUUCAAAUGGCGUGGAACUUCGUCAACGACUCUCUUAGCACAGUGGUCUGUCUUCAGUGGGAACCGGAAAUCAUCGCUGUUGCCCUAAUCCACUUGGCCAGCAAGUUGAGCAAGUUCACUGUGCAGGACUGGGAGGGCCGCCAGCCGCAGCACCAGCGAUGGUGGGACAUGUUUGUGUCGGACGUUACGAUGGAGAUCCUCGAGGACAUAUGUCACCAGGUCCUGGAUCUAUACCAGUCCACCCAAAAAGAAGCGCACCACCCGACCAGUCCGCCACAAAAUCCGCCCAGCCGAGCAGACAGCCCAACACCGGCCAAGCCCACAAAUUCGACAAUCAUUACGACAUCAGUCGUUCAACAACAGCCGCCGCCUCAGCCAUUAUGUGGCAACGGUAGUUUGCUAGAAGUUAACAAUAUCCAGUGCAUUAAGACGCUGACGAGUGGAGCGCCCGUCAUGGCUUCCGGCGACGCUCAGUCGCUUCCACAGGGCCCGCUGCCUUCUGGCCAUUCCCAAGGCUACCACCUCUAUCAUGCUCCUCCACCGCCGCCCCCACCUGUCGUGCCCAUGGCUCCCUACUCCUGCCCCGCGUGGGGCGUGCAGCAGGCACUACCCCCACCACCAAUGCCGCCCAGCCUACCGCCUGGGUCUAGUAGUUACUACAACGCUGGUGGACGGCAACCACAUCAGCGGUACCAAUAAUUUUCUAUUGGACGAAUCAUAAAAAACAUAAUAAAUCGUAAUUUUUUAAAACAAGA